CUCGGAGCCCGUCAGGCCUGUGCGGGGGAUGGCGGCAAGCCGCGUGCUGGGGCGUCUGGUGCGGGGGCGCCUGGUGGGGCUGCGGGCGUUCUCGGGAGUCCCGCGGGCCCCGUACCCGGAGCUGCGCGCCCAGGCGGCCCGAGACCCCGCCGCCUUCUGGGGACCGCUGGCGCGGGAGGCGCUGCAGUGGGACGCCCCCUACCAGAGCGUGUGCGACUGCGACCUCCGCGCGGGCAGAAUCGCCUGGUUCCUGGGGGGCCGCCUCAACGUGUCGGUCAACUGCCUGGACCGGCACGUGCAGACAGCUCCAGAGAGCAUUGCUUUGAUCUGGGAGCGGGAUGAGCCUGGAACUGAAGUGCGUAUCACCUACAGGGAGCUGUUGGAGACCACCUGUCGCCUAGCCAACACCCUCAAGAGGCAUGGAAUCGGCCGUGGAGACCGAGUGGCCAUCUACAUGCCUGUGUCCCCACUUGCGGUGGCGGCGAUGCUGGCCUGCACCAGGAUUGGAGCUGUGCACACAGUCGUCUUUGCUGGCUUCAGUGCAGAGUCCCUGGCUGGGAGAAUCAAUGACGCCGAGUGUAAGGUGGUUCUCACAUUCAACCAAGGACUUCGGGGAGGGCGUGUGGUGGAGCUGAAGAAGAUAGUGGAUGAAGCUGUGAAGCACUGCCCCACAGUUCAGCAUGUCCUGGUGGCUCACAGGACGGAGAACAAGGUUCCCAUGGGGGAUCUGGACAUCCACCUUGAGGAGGAGAUGGCCAGAGAGGCUCCCACCUGUGCCCCGGAGAGCAUGGGCAGCGAGGACAUGCUCUUCAUGCUGUACACCUCAGGGAGCACCGGGAAACCCAAGGGGCUUGUGCACACCCAGGCGGGCUACCUGCUGUACGCAGCGCUGACACACAAGCUCGUGUUUGACCACAAGCCUGGUGAUGUUUUCGGCUGUGUAGCUGACAUUGGCUGGAUCACAGGACACAGCUACGUGGUGUAUGGUCCUCUCUGCAAUGGAGCAACCAGUGUCCUUUUUGAGAGCACCCCGAUUUACCCUAAUGCUGGUCGGUACUGGGAGACGGUGCAGAGGUUACAAAUCAAUCAAUUCUAUGGUGCCCCAACAGCUUACCGGCUCUUGAUGAAAUACGGUCCUGCUUGGGUGAAAAAGUAUGACCGCUCGUCCCUCCGUACCCUGGGCUCAGUGGGAGAACCGAUCAACCAUGAGGCCUGGGAUUGGCUGCACAAGGUGGUGGGUGACAGCAAGUGUACGCUAGUAGAUACCUGGUGGCAGACAGAGACAGGCGGCAUCUGCAUUGCUCCUCGGCCCUCGGAAGAAGGGGCAGAGAUCCUCUCCGGCAUGGCCAUGAGGCCCUUCUUUGGCAUCGUGCCUGUUCUCCUGGAUGACCAGGGGAACGUCGUGGAGGGCGGGGAUGUCUCUGGGGCCCUGUGCCUUUCCCAGCCGUGGCCAGGCAUGGCCAGGACCAUCUAUGGAGACCACCAGAGGUUCAUGGAUGCCUAUUUCAGGGCUUACCCAGGCUACUACUUCACGGGAGACGGUGCCUACCGCACUGAGGGUGGCUAUUACCAGAUCACAGGGCGCAUGGAUGAUGUCAUCAACAUCAGCGGGCAUCGAUUGGGCACCGCGGAGAUCGAGGAUGCGUUGGCAAACCACCCCUCGGUGCCCGAGUCAGCUGUCAUUGGCUACCCCCAUGACAUCAAAGGCGAAGCUGCAUUUGCCUUUAUUGUAUUGAAAGAUGAUGAAGGUGACACAGAAGUGUUGUUGAAUGAGCUCAGGUCAGCAGUGGCCACCAAGAUCGCCAAAUAUGCUGUGCCUGACCAGAUGUUGGUCGUGAAACGUCUUCCUAAGACUCGGUCUGGAAAGGUCAUGCGGAGGCUCCUGAGAAAGAUAGUGACAGGCGGGACUCAAGAUCUUGGGGAUACCACCACCCUCGAGGACCCCAGCGUCAUCAAGGAAAUUCUGAAUGCCUACCAGAAGUACCAAGACAAGCGUCAGAAGACCCACUGACCGGCAAGCCCAUGCCUUUGUCUUGCCCUUCCAGAGAGUACCCCGCGGCUGGCCUUCUCUGCAGCCCAGAAGCUGUCGUCUUCAGUAUCUGAUCCACACUGCCGUGAUGCCAAGUCUGCUCCAGAAUCCCCUCUCCCCUUCUGUUGUGAAGUGACAGAGAUGUUCUGUCAGCUAUGGCUGACACUAUUCCCCUGAUCCUGAUUCUUGUUCCUUAAAAUGAGAAGUCAUGAAAAGCCAUUGCUCUCCACCUGAGUGUCACGGCUGACCAAACAAGGGGAAAGCUGGCAGAGCGUUUCUUAGCAUCAGUGACUUCAAUGGCACACAGUCAUUUUCCAGGUAGAUAAUGCAGAGAUGUUAUUUUUGCAUUUUUAUAUUUCAGAGGAACAAUGUCCAAGCACACACAGGAAAAUGUGAUUUUAGACAUGCUCGAAGUAACAUUUAGAAUUAAGGAAAUCCCUCUUUUUUGCCUCUGCACCUGGGGAAACUGUGGAAAGAACCUUGAAGUUCUUGGCAACCAUUUUUGGUGUAUAGUCCUACCUCCCUUGGUUUGUUUAUCAUGAAAUUAAUAACCUAAAAACUGUGGUAUGAAUAUGACUGUCUUUUCAUUCCUAAGUGACUCCAGUUGCUUGUUCUAUGAUCUAGAAGCUGUUAUCUGGAUAAAUAACCCCCUUCCCACCUUGGAUUCCUCUUGAUAGAACAGCAUGCUCCAAGUAUGUGGGCUUGUCGAGGUGUAAAAUCAGGUGAUUAGGUGGAGCAUAAUCAUGGUCCUUGCAAAUCCUGCCUAAUGGUGGUAAGCACCUUUAUGUGAGUCUUGGAAUCUGUCUGACAAGUCUCACUCUCAGUCUUAAUGUGCCUUAAUUCCUCUGAACAUUUAGCUAGGUGGUAGAAGUCGUUCAGUUACAAAGUGCAGCUUCUUCAGGCAAGCAUGCUGGUGGGGGGAGUCUAGGGGGCCUUCUGUGCUGGGUUCCUGUGGACAGAGAAACGUCACCCUGGCCUUGCCCCUGCAAUGGUGUUUAGGAGUAUGGGACAAGGGUUGGGAGCUGAGCGACUUUGAGGGCCAUGGAAGUGCUGGUCUACCAGGUAACUGAAUAUGCCUUUGGCAUUGAUGGGUGGCAUUGAUUAUGGCACAGCUCUCAACAUAGUCUGUGCUUAUGAUACUUGGUAGCCUCAGGACCUACCUGUUUGUGCUGGGCCUAGCAGUCGGUGGGCAUGGUGCUAUAUGUGAAAUGGGUUUUAUAUCAUGUGAGUGACAGGGUCUCAGAAUUAUACCUAUGGCACUUCAAAUAAAGCUUUAUUUUAUUCCA